AUGGGAAACAUAAUGACAAACACCGUUCCCCAAGGCCAUAAGAUAGGCCGCUUUACCGUACCGGCGUAUCGAACACCUCUUAUGCAAGUCAUUAUGAUUGCCAUGGUUUGCUUCUUGGUGGUUGGCAUGUUCAAUGCCCUAGCCUCCCUCGGAGGUGCAGGCCAACUAACGGCAGAUCUGUCAAACAAGGCAAAUACAAUCCUGUAUGCCGUUUUUGCUGCCAUGGCCCUGGUAUCGGGCUCGCUGUACAACUACUUUGGCCCUAGGAUAACUCUGGCAGCUGGUGGUGUAGGAUAUGCCUUGUAUUCUGCUUCAUUCUGGUGCUAUAACCACACGUCAAACGAAGGGUUCGUCCUAUUUUCAGGGGCCGCGUGUGGAGUAUCAGCAGCUUUUCUUUGGACAGCAGAAGGGGCAAUGCUGAUGUCGUACCCCAAAGAGGACCAAAAGGGUCGCUAUAUCAGUCUCUUCUGGACCAUCUGGAGCAUGGGCGCCGUCGUGGGCAGUAUCAUCCCCACAGCCCAGAACUGGUCGAACAAUUCCGCCGGCCGCGUCAACGACGGCACAUACAUUGCGAUAUUUGUCCUGAUGCUCGGCGGCUCGGUCCUCGCUCUGUGUCUCGUCCACCCUAACAAGAUCGUCCGGGAUGACGGGACGAAGGUCUACGUAGCCCGUCAUGCGUCGCUGGGUACCGAGUUGAAGAACGUGGUUAGGGCUGUCCAGGUGGAGCCGUGGAUUCUGCUCUUCUUCCCUUACUCCUUUGCUGGGCUCUGGUAUAUUGUGUACCAGAGUAAUGACUACAAUGCGUAUUUCUUUAAUGUGCGUACGAGAUCGUUUAACUCGGUCUGGUAUAAUGUUGGGCAGAUGCUCGCUGCGGGUUUGUUGGGCUUGCUCCUUGAUAUUAAAUGCUUCAAGAGGCGAACCAGGGCUUUCGUGGGCUGGGCCAUUAUGUUUAUCGGUGCCAACGCCGUUCUAGUCGCCGGUAUCUUCCCAUUACAAGAGUCCAGCCGAGACCACCCAGUCAGCAAAGUCCUCGACGUCACGGAGACCAAAGCAGCUCCUUACAUCGCGCUAUAUUUCUUCUACGGCUGUCUCGAUGGAGCAUGGCAAUGCUAUGCCUACUGGAUCAUGGGAACUCUAUCCAACGACCCCCUCGUCCUGAGCAUGUACGGCGCCUUCUACAAGGUCUUCGGCGCGGCAGGGAGUGCCAUCGUUGCCAGCCUAGACUACCGCCGGACCUCGUAUGUCGCCAUGUUCGGGUCAUACUGGGGUCUCACAGCGGGAUCUCUCAUUGUGCUGCUCCCUUUGGUUGUGAAGCGCGUUACUAACACCAGCAUGAAGGUGGAGACUGUAGAGCCAGUUAAAGUGGUCGAGAACCGGGAUGAAGAUGUCGAGAUGAGAUAG